CAGAAAUCAACGAGGCGAGAACGUUCGAUUCCUCUCGAUGCGUAUUAAUCGACGCGGGAGGAACGAAAUAAAUGUUACCGAGACGAAAGAAAUUGAGAAAAUUAUCGAUUUAGUGUUUUAUAAGGUGUGCAACCGAUAUUGUUUUCCGAAAAUUGGAGGCUCAAAAAUAGUAGUUGGUAAGCGUCGAGUAUUCGAGAAUGCAGAUCAAAGAUAAGAGAGCAAUCGUCACUGGAGCUGCGAGCAAUCUCGGAAUUGCUUUCAGUCGGGAAUUGCUGAGAAAUGGCGCAGCGUGCGUCGUAAUGAUCGAUAUUCGGGAAUCGAUCGGGCAAUCGGCGACUGACCGACUCAACGCGGAAUUCGGCCAAAACAGGGCUGUUUUUGUUCCCUGUAACGUCAGCCAAAACACGGAAUUCGAUGCCGUUUUUAAGAAUGCCGUUACGAAACUCGGCGGGCUGGAUAUACUCGUGAACAAUGCUCAAGUCGUGAACGAAGACGACUAUUCAAAAGCGAUCGAAGUUAACGUUACGGCGGUUGUACGUGGAACUUUCUUGGCGGUUCAACAAAUGGGCAAAGACAACGGUGGCAAAGGUGGUAUCGUCGUUAAUAUCGCUUCGGUUCUUGGCCUCGAAGCCUGUCCACAACUGCCCGUUUAUUCGACCACCAAACACGCCGUCAUAAGUUUCAGUCGAUCAUAUUCCCAACCGUACCAUUAUCGUCGAACCGGAGUCAGAAUCGUCGUUCUCUGUCCCGGAAUUUCGGAAACACCGGUUUUGGAAAAUCUCGAAAAUCUCGAGUCCGACAGCAGCGAUUCCGAUAACAUCGAAGCCUUGGAUAUUUCCAGCUCCGUCGGCCCGAAUAUUCAUCCGCAAAGAUUGGAAACCGUGGCUCAUGGCUUGGUGUACGCGAUAAGGUGUGCUCAAAACGGAAGUAUUUGGGUGAGCGAGGAUGGUCAACCGGUCUACCAGGUCCAAUUGCCGGACGCGAUGCCACAAAAAGAAAUUAAUGAAGAGAUGCCCAAUAUGGAAUCGCAUUCGAGUACCGCCGAGAAACCUCUCGAAUUCGCUAAUUCGCCGAACAAUCCGUUCUUCUCGCUAUUCGUUGCUCUUCCGAUACUCCCUGAAAACUCGUCGGAAUAUGUGCAGUACCAAAAAAGUCGGCGAACAUCAGCCUCGGAAAAGGCGAAAGAGCUCGAGCUGAUAAACGGUCUUGUUUGUGGCAAAAACGUUGUAAUAACCGGUGGAGCAGCUGGUCUCGGUUACGCCUUUGUCAAACACUUUAUACAGCACGGCGCGAGUAUGGUAAUGAUUUUCGACAUCGAUUCCGAGGCUGGUGCUCAAGCUGUAAAAGCGGUCGAAAAGACUUACGGAUGUGGAAAGGUGCAAUUCGUUAAAUGUGACACCACCAGUCGCGAACAAAUAGCGGACGCUUUCGUCAGAGCCAAUGAGAGGUUCGAAGGUGGAAUCGACAUUGUCAUAAACAACGCUGGUGUUUUGGACGAGCGCAGAUGGGAACGCGAAAUAGCGGUCAAUAUUGGCGGUAUGGUAAACGUUGCGAGUCUCGCGAUGUACUACAUGGGAAAGGAUCAAGCCGGACACGGCGGAGUUCUCGUAAAUAUUGCGCAACACAUAGAUUACCGGUGGACCGCACAAUUACCCGUGUACACCGCUACCAAACACGCUAUCAUCGGACUCUCGCAAUCCCUCGGCGCUCCGUACCACGUGAAGAAAACUGGAGUUCGAGCGAUGACGCUCUGCCCGGGCUUGACCGAGACUGCCUUGACGAUCAACAGCCCGAAUCGUCUUUUAUCACGAGUCAUGAAGGCUGACUUUGUGAAAAAUCUCGAAGAGCUCUCUAUACAGACGCCAUACGUCGUGGCCCAGGGAUUAAUGUCAGUUCUGAAGGGUGGACGUUCCGGAAGCACGUGGGUCGUCGAAAAUGGUCGCGCGGCCUACGAGGUUUACACACCGGCCUACAGAUCGUUGCGUCGUUGUUACAAAAACAAUUUCGUCAUAGUGGAGCAGAGCAAAGUGACGAGAGGUCGACCGAUACGCGAAGUCUGUGACAACACGAGAACCGGACUUAUGAGUUGCGCUUGAAAAAGCUUCUCGAACUAAACAAACCCAAACUCAUUUUUAUUCAAACAAAGUUAUACGUUUCUCAAGGCUGUACUACGUUGCGCGCCUCCGCAGUUUUCAAGUUGAGUAUUCACCCGAGACGUCGAUAAAAAAUCCUCGAUUUUCCAACGAAUAACGAAACUUGAACUAGACGGAAGAUAUAUAAAAGAAAGAAACUCUGUUGAAAUUUCAUCAUCUCAGUAUUAUUCAGCAUCAUUUGAAUCACAACAGCUGUACAAAAACAAAUUUUUCAGCUCCAUUUUUCACCGUAUACUAAGGAGUCUUUAUUAUUCAUUACAAUUAUUGGUUUUUUCUUCUUCUCCCUAAUUCUCGAGCCCGCUGGAUUACCCAAAUUUAUAGUUUUUCAUAGUUUUUUUUUUUUUUUUACUUCGUUUUUAUAUAAUUCAUUACGAGCGAGCAAUGGCGAACGUCUAUUUUUUUCUAUUCAUUACGCUUUUUUAUGUCUCCUGUUAAUCGAAUAUUUCAACUAAGUUCUAUAGGCUUUUAUGAAUAUGUUAAUGCAUACAUAAGACGGGACCUUCUUGGAGGACCAUACAAAAAUAACAGCCGCUUAACAAAUUA